AUGAUUUCCAACGAUACUACCCUAAACCUCGAGUCACCGGCACCACAUAAAAACUUUGUGUUGUCUGUCCUUCUUAAAACACCUUCUACCGAAGAGAUUCAAGGAUGUUGGGAACUCUGCAGGCUGCAUAAUAACAUCAGCUUCUGGGUAGUAUGGCUUCCAAUGGCAUGGUCUAUCGUGAUGGCUUACAAUGCGCAAAGGGAUAUUUCUACAAUAAAUGCUAUUCAGACUGCCUUGCUCUAUGUACCUCUUUGUUUCAGCAUGAAAUCUUUGAUCAUGACUAUCGAUGACAUUCUCGACUGGGAUAUUGACUUGCUCGUUGAGCGAACGAAGAAUAGACCACUUCCUCGGGGCUCAAUUUCUCCUAAACGUGCCUGGUUAUUCUUUUCUGCUCAGGUCGCUAUCAGCAUGGUCCUCACCAUUCAAUAUCUCGAUAAAACAUCGUAA